AUGGAUCGUUUCUAUAAAUUUAGACUGCUUGGGAUUACGCACAAACAUCCUGGACAUACAAUUGCAAAAAGAUUUUUUUGUCCAGGUUGGGAGAUGGUGGAUGAGAGUUUAAUUCAGCAAACUACCAUUAAGAAUGAGUAUUUAGUUCCAAGUACAAGAGAAUUGGGUGUUUUUUAUGUUGUCAACAGUAUCAUUGGAACUUGUAGCUGUCCUGUUAAAAUAACAGGCGCACCUUGCAAGCAUCAAGGAGCUGUUUCUGUAAAAUUUUACAUCACGAAUUUUAAUUUUUUACCAUCAUUAACUCCUAAUGAUCGUAUGGUCUACAGUUAUAUUGCAGUUGGUUUUAUUGCAGAGAAUAGUUCUUUUUAUGCUUCGUUGCAAGCAGGAUCUCCUUCGCAAGUUCAGAUUCACACAGAACCUUCUUCAAAAGUUCAGGUUCUACAUACAGAAUUGCAAGUUGAAAAGCAUAAUGAAAUAGAUGAAGGAUUGAUGAUUUCUUCAACUACUGAAUGGAGAGAACUAAAUGAAAAUAAUGAGGAUGAAAUUGAUAAAUCUGCUUUGGUUACUUUUUUGGAAGAAAUUAAAGUGGAUUAUGAGAAUUAUGGCCCACAGUUUCGUACUGCAUUUGAUAAAUUUGCCAAGCGAUACCAUGCAUCAAAAUCACAAUCUAUUCCUUGGCUAUGUUCUUUUCUAUAUGAUAUUAAUCGUAAUGUAGAUCCAACACGAGUUAAAAGUGGUUCAAUGAUUUGCGUUCAGGUAGAGUCUGUCAAACGGCGCAAAAGUGAAAGAUCAAAUGGCACUAGGCAAAAAUCAUCAGCUAUUGUAGAGGGUGAGAAAGAGAAUUCAGAUCCUUAA